AUGACAGUAGCAGUAAAGGACGAAACGGUAUUCCAUCAGAUAUUCAGUGCGAUACCAAACGAUGAGAAACUGAUUGAAGAAUAUAGUUGCUCUUAUAAUGAAGGUGGAUCAGUGUCUAUUGGUAGACUUUAUAUCUCACAACACCAUGUAUCAUAUGCACCAAAGAUUGGAUCCACUCAGAUAGUAGUACCAAUCAAAGAUAUAACCAACAUAUCAAAGAAGUAUUCGGUUUAUCUAUUUCCCAAUGCCAUUGAGAUCAAUACCAAUUCUCAAAGAUACUUCUUCUCGGCCUUCUUGUCAAGAGACUUGGCAUUUGCAACGUUGCAAACGAUCAUACAGGCAGGUGGCGGAACGAGAACAAAGAUGUUUGAGGAUGUGUUGAGUCAUAAUGAGUCAUCCGAUAACAACAACAAUAAUAGUAGCUUCAGCAGUAGCAAUGGCAAUGGCAACAGCAACAAUAACAACAACAAUAGUAAGAUCACUGUUACCAAACCAGACCCAGAGGAGCAGGCACAACAACAACAAUCACAAGAACACGUGGACGACAAUAUAGUUGGUGACAAUCAACAACAGACAGAGUCAUUGGGUUCAUCAGUGUCGAGCGAUACAUCGACAAACUCGGGCACAGUCUCGUUGACACCUCCCCUCCAAUCGGCCGGCCAGAACGCCAACAAGGAGGAAUUGCCCGAGGCAGUGUCGACGGCUAAGAUCGAGGAAAACAACUCGGCCGCACAACAACAGACGCCAUCCGCAUCACCACCACCACCAUCAUCAUCGACAAUCAAUCAAGCCACCGAGCUCAAGGAGUCUACGCCACCCUCCACUCCUCUAAAGAGAGAGGAUUCACAACUAUCCAUCAACGACCUGUCCAGUAGAUCAUCUCAGGCAACACCCCAACCACAACAGACACAAUCAGCACCAGCACCAGCACAAGCACAAGCCCAACCACAGUCACAGUCACAAACACCAUCAAAGGCAUCACCUCCAGCAACGAGGAAGGAUAGCAAUAACUCACCAGCCACGCCAACCAAGUCAACCAAUAAGCCAGCGGCACCUGCUCCUGCAUCAACUCCUGCUCCUGCACCAGCGUCAGCAGCUCCAGCAUCAGCAACAAGUGCAUCGUCGGCAUCAUCAACACCAGCAGCAGCAGGCAAGAUUAGCUCACCAUCCCCUGCAUCAAUUGCACACUCUGCACGUCCAGCGCCAUACAAUACCAUUCCGCUGAAGGAGAAGUGCGAGCAUGUUCUACCGGGCGAGUUUGAAGAGGCACCGUGGUGCACCGAGAAGUACGCAAUCACUGUUGAGGAGUUCUACAAUGUAAUCAUCCGCUCGGACUUUUGGGCACAGGUCAACACCACGCAUGGCUACACCGAGCAGUCUGUGAGCGAGUGGAAGCAAGGCACCUGCUGCACAUCACGUGUCGUCGACUUUAGAACGGCCAUGUCCUUCAAGAUAGGACCAAAGAGCACGCGUGUCGUCCAGACCCAGCGCUGCCGCUUCAGGGCCAAGGACGAGAUCCUGGUCGGCUGUAGCUCAGUGUCAAGGGAGGUACCCUAUGGCGACUCGUUCUCAGUGGAGAACCUGCUCCUGCUCACGCCCGACCCAGACAACAACGGCGGAUGCAUCCUGAAGCUGUCCUCCAAGAUCAAGUUCACCAAGACGCUGUGGGGCAUCCAGACGAUGAUCCAAAAGUCUGCGGCACAGGGCAACAAAGACUUCUUUGGACUCUGGUUCACAAUGGUCAGAAAUCAGGUGGAUGUGUACUCAUUCAACAAGAUGAAGCAGAACACUUCGUCCACCAAUUUGUUACAGGCGGCACAGCCAGACGCCAAGCAGCCAUCGCAGCAGCAACAGCAACAACCAACAUCUCAGCAGCAAGAACAACCAGCACAACAGACACAGCAACAACAACCAUCACAAUCAUUCACCGAGAGGACAUUAGAGUCCUCUCAAGCAACCCAGAGUUCAUCUUCAUCGAACAAGGAUGCAGUGCCAGACACAAAGAUCUCCUUGUCGACGUUGUGGACCAACAUGUCCUCAUCAGAGAAGCGUUACCUCGCCAUUGGCCUAUGCUUCAUCGUGCUUCUCUUUGUCGGCUUGGCCAUCAACGUGAUUGGAAACGCCCGAUCCAACCAAGCACUCAGCCAAGAGCUGUACAAGUUCUCCGACUCGAUCGUCCUGUUGGACUCUAAGCUCAACUCGAUGACCGAUGGCAAGAACCCAUUGACCGAGCCCGUCACACUUACAAGCAACAACAUUGGACAAGGCCGACUCGAGGAGCUACAGAGGCGACUUGAGAUGGCCGCCACACUGCUACAGCGCACACAGAGUCUGAUCGAGUCAUUGCAAGGUGAGCUAUCGAUCGAGGCGUUGAAAUCCAAACGUUUGGAGCAGAGUGCAGUCGAUGGCAGUGGCGGCAGUAGUUUGCUAUCGAUCAUUUUCACCGUCCUACUCGUGGUCGGAUCAUCAUUCAUAGUCUACUCAUUCAACUUGUUACAGCACAUCAAUGACCUAUUGUUCAACAAAUAA